AUGAAGCUCCACUUUUGUUCUUCGGGUGCUUGUCUCUUCAUCUCCAUCAUUCUUGUAGCAAACUGGUUGAGCAUUGAAGCUCAAACCUGCAAUCCAAGUGGAAAGAUAGUCGGUAGAAAACCUCCUCCGAAAAAAUGUAACCGCCAUAACCAAUCUGAAUGCUGCAAAGAAGGCAAGCUCUACACCACUUUCAAGUGCUCGCCGCAUGUUUCCAAGCGUACUAAAGCAAUCCUGACGCUCAACAGCUUUGAGAAAGGUGCUGAUGGUGGCGGAGCAUCCGAAUGUGACAAUAAGUUCCACUCUGAUAACACCUCGGUCGUGGCAUUGUCCACCGGGUGGUUCAACAAUAGGAAGAGGUGUUUGCACUAUAUAACCAUUUAUGGUAAUGGAAGGAGUGUGAAAGCCAAGGUUGUUGAUGAGUGUGACUCAAAAAGAGGAUGUGAUGCUGAACAUGAUUUCCAGCCUCCGUGCCCUCACAAUGUUGUAGAUUCCUCUAAGGCUGUUUGGAAGGCUUUGGGAGUGAAAGAAAGUGCCUGGGGUGAAAUGCAGAUAUUCUGGUCUGAUGCCUGA